UAUUUUACAUUACAGAUGACUGGCUGUAAAAGUACUUUUAUAUCAAUAUGUGCAAUUACAUUAUUAGGCCUAUCGUCACCUGCUCCUCAGCAGAAUAUAAACGCACAAAAGAACAUUGAUGAAAUAUUUAAUACUAAUAGUAAUCGUCCAGCGCAACUGCAUAGCGGAAUCGGAUUAGUGGUUACACCCGAUCCCAUAGAAACCAUAAGACAACAUUCAAAUUUCAGUUCAACUAGUGGCAAAACUGCCACUUGUAAUUGCGUACCUUAUUAUAAAUGUGAUCCAUCAACGAAUAGUGUCACUGAAGAUGGCUCUUUUGACGGAUUUGGUGUUAUAGACAUUCGUUUUAACGCCGAUGAUCCAAUAUGCCCGGCAUCUGUAGACGUAUGUUGUGAUGAUAAUAGGACGCUCAAUAGGACGUUGAAUCCGACGCCCUUGGAUCAAAGACCAAACCAACCAAGGGGCUGCGGUGUUCGCAACACAGGUGGAUUAGAUUUUACUCUUUCCGGGGUAUCCCAAAAUGAAGCGGGCUUUGGCGAGUUUCCAUGGACGGUAGCAUUAUUGCAUUCAGAAAAUUCAAGCUAUUUCUGUGCUGGAUCACUUAUACAUAAACAGGUGGUUUUGACCGCUGUGCACUGUGUUGAGACGGUUAAAACAGGAUCAUUUAUUGUCCGAGCUGGAGAGUGGGACACACAAACAACGAAAGAGCGCCUACCGUAUCAAGAAAGAUCGGUUCAAACUGUUAUAUGGCAUCCAGAAUAUAAAAGCAGAAACAUAGCUUAUGAUUUCGCACUUGUAAUUCUAAGUCAACCAGUUGCUUUGGAUGAUCACAUUAAUGUUAUAUGUUUACCACAACAAGAUGAUAUUCCGGAACCCGGUAACACAUGUUUUUCUACCGGCUGGGGAAAAGAUGAUUUUGGUUCUAUGGGCAAAUAUAGCGCCAUAAUGAAACGUGUUCCAUUGCCCAUUGUCGAGUUUAACAAUUGUCAAACACGACUUAGAGGCACUAGACUUGGACCAAAGUUUGCAUUGGAUAGGUCAUUCAUAUGCGCAGGUGGACAGCGUGGCAUUGAUACUUGUCAAGGGGAUGGCGGAGCUCCACUAGCUUGUCCUAUUGGAAGUACAAGUGAAUCCCGAUAUCAGCAGGCUGGUAUAGUUGCUUGGGGAAUAGGAUGUAAUGAGGAAGUUCCAGCAGCUUAUGCCAACGUAGCCUUGGCCCGAAGUUGGAUUGACCAGCAAAUGUUAGCCAAUGGCUUCGGAACGGCAGUGUACACAGCUUGACACGCAUCUAACAGUUACAGAACAAUAAAACUCAAAAUGUAUUUCAUUUAAA